AUGUCAAUGCGGGUACUUCUGCUGCUGCAAAUUUUGCUGUUAUGGUUCUGUUCGCUAAUGAAUGGAGAGACCAACUGCAAGGCGAACAGAAAAAAGGCAGCUGUAAGUGAGGGAAUCUACCAACCAGGGAGAACUUUUAUUAUAGUCAGAACCUAUUUCAAUUAGGCCUUGUCAAUCAGAUGCUGUCAAUUAACACGUCCCAGCCUGGAUAAAGGCAAUGCUGAAUGCAAAAGCACUCUGAACCUGCCCUCAGGCAGGAUUUUCAACUUUGCCGAACUCUACACGAUCAAUAUGUGCAUUGAGGAGUGCAACUAUAUAGCCUCUGGCUACACUGACGCUGAUCCGCCCUAUCGCCUGGAUCUGGCCAACAUCCGCCACAACCUGGAGGAGAUAAUGCCACAGCCGCAGCUGGAGUCAGUGCCCUUCAUGAUGGAUGCAUACAAUAAGUGUGAGAUAUUUCGCACGCUGCAUGCGGGACGCUUCACACUCCACCUGCCGGAUAUUGAAUUCAUCGAGGAGCCGUGCAACCCGUUUGCCCUGCAGCUCACCAUCUGCGUGCGAAUGUUGGCCAUGCAGAAGUGCCCGAGUCGCUUCUACCUGGACACCGAGGAGUGUCGACUCGCGAGAAACUAUUUCACACAGUGUGUCGGCGAUAUUGAAACAAAUCUUAGCUAGAAUUCGGAUGAUG